AUGUCGGUAUGGCUGCCCCGCACAUCGCAGAACGCACUCCCAAGAGCUGCCCGCAUCCUCGUUAGGACAAACAGCACCGCAGUCCGUCGCCAGCUGCCUCUCCUCCUCGCACGACCACUCCCCCUCCCUCUCAGUCUCGCCUAUCCCUCCUCUUCCCUUCUCCGCCCCUCCGCCCGUUUCGAAUCCUCUACUGCGUCUUCGCAUUCUGCUGCUGCUGCUCCAUCCGAACCGAAGCCGACUCCUCCCGCACCAAAGGACCCCAAAACGGACGCUCCACUUAUCUCAAGGGUAUGGAAAAAGGUCAAGCAUGAAGCCCAGCACUACUGGCACGGUACCAAGCUUCUCGUCUCCGAGGUCCGAAUCUCCUCUCGUCUCCAGUGGAAGCUUCUCCACGGUGAGGCCUUGACACGGAGAGAAAGCAGACAGCUCCGGCGCACGACCCAAGAUCUCCUUCGACUUGUUCCUUUCGCCGUCUUUAUCGUCGUUCCCUUUAUGGAGCUGCUGCUUCCUGUCGCUCUCAAGCUCUUCCCCAAUAUGCUUCCUUCCACCUUUGAGGACAAGUUCUCUGCGGAAGAAAAAGAGCGUAAGUUACUCCGUGUCCGUCUCGAGAUGGCCAAGUUCCUCCAGUCCACCUUGCGCGAGUCCCCCUUGAAAGCCAACGCACACAUCAUGUCCUCCGACGCGUUCAAGGAGUUCUUCCGCAAAGUCCGCUCCACCGGCGAAUCGCCCUCCCCCGCGGACGUCAUCUCUGUCGCGAAGCUCUUCGAUGACGACCUCACGCUCGACAACCUCUCCAGGCCCCAGCUCGUCUCCAUGUGCCGCUACAUGGGUGUGAAUGCGUUCGGGACAGACAACUUCCUCCGCGGCGCGCUCCGCACGCGCCUGCGCAACCUCAGGCGCGACGACCAGGCCAUCUUUGCCGAGGGCGUCGACCAGCUGAACGCGGCGGAGCUCAGGGCCGCGUGCCAGAGCCGUGGUAUCCGCACGCGGGGCAUCCCGCCCAACAGGCUCAAGGACGAGCUAUCUACGUGGAUCCAUCUACAUUUGCACAACCGUGUGUCGGGCGUGCUGCUUGUUCUCGGGCGUGCGUUUGACUUUGAUCGCACGCCGGGAGUGGACGAGACUGGUAAGAAUGCGAUGCUGAAGAGCAUUGAAGCUGUGCUCAGCGGCUUGCCCGAUAACCUCUUGAACGAGGCUGAGCUCGAGGUAGACGAGAACGCGUCGUACAAACAGAAGCUCGACGUUCUCCAGCAGCAGGAAGAGCUCAUCGAGGACGAGCAGGAGCAGGAGGAGCGCGAGGAGGCGACCCGCCGUGCGAAGCGCGAGGCCGACGAGCUCGAGACGCGCACCGCCCAGUCGCUCUUGCCUGACUCGGAGCUGCAUCCCGAGACCGCCACUCCCAAGGAGCAGGAGGCCAAGGCUCGCAUGACGACGGAGCAGCUCAAGGAGCUUGCCGAGGCGAUGUCGAUUCUCUCGGCCAAGUCUAGCGUGCUCAAGGAGCGCGACGAGCUCCGUGCGUUGAUGGAAGAGAACAUGAGCGCCGACGAGGAGGCUCAGGACUCCAAGUCGCCGAACAGCGCGCUCGCCCAGCGCAUCCGCAAGAUGCUGGACAAGGUCGACGCGCAGCUGCAGGCGUACGACGCGCGCGUCGGCUCCUCGCUGCAGAUGAUCUCGGCCGACGCGCAGGGGCGCAUCUCCGUCGCCGACCUCGAGAAGGCGCUCGCGGUCAUCAAGCACCGGCCCGAAGAGGAAGUCGGGCGCAGUGUGAUCAAGAAGCUCGACGUCGACAACGACGGGUUCGUUGAGCUCGAGCACGUGCUCGGGUUGGUGCGGGAGGAGGGUCUUGGUGAGCACCGUUCUUUUUGA